AUGGCACUACUGAUAAUACUGAUUACCUGUUUUGUGUUUAUUUUUGCUACUUCCCAGCCUUGCCAGACCCCUGGUGACUUUGUGGCUGCCACUUCUCCAGGGCAUAUCAUGAUUGGAGGUUUGUUUGCCAUUCAUGAAAAAAUGCUGUCCUCAGAAGACUACCCCAGAUGGCCAGAAAUCCAGAAGUGUGUUGGAUACAUGCCAAGGGUUAAGGCUGUCAUAGGUGCUGGCUACACAGAAAUAACCAUGGCUGUCUUCCGGGUGUUGAAUUUACAGCUCAUGCCACAGGUGAGUUAUGAAUCAACUGCAGAAACCCUAAGUGACAAAAUUCGCUUUCCUUCAUUUUUACAGACUGUGCCCAGUGACUUCUACUAGACUAAAGCAAUGGCCCACCUGAUUCAGAAAUGUGGAUGGAACUGGAUUGGCAUCCUAACCACAGAUGAUGACUAUGGACGACUGGCUCUCAACACUUUUGCAAUUCAGACCUCAACAAAUAAUGUGUGCAUAGCCUUCAGAGAAGUUCUCCCAGCCUUCCUCUCAGAUAAUACCAUUGAAGUCAGGAUCAGUCAGACACUUGAGAGAAUCAUAGCAGGCCAGGUUAAUGUCGUUGUGGUAUUUCUGAGUCAGCUCCAUGUUUUCAAUCUCUUCAGUAAAGCCGUUGAAAGGAAUAUAAAUAAGAUCUGGAUUGCUAGCGAUAACUGGUCAACGGCCACCAAGAUCACCGCCAUUCCUAAUGUUAAAAGGAUUGGCAAAGUUGUGGGGUUUACCUUUAGAAGAAGGAAUAUGUCCUCCUUCCAUUCCUUUCUUCAAAAUCUGCAUAUGUUUCCCAGUGAUAAUAACAAGCCCUUAAAUGAAUAUGCCGCUCAAGGCUCUGCCUGUGCAUAUACUAAGGACAGUGAUCUGAGUCAAUGCAUUUCCAACUAUUCUCAGGGGACUUUGGCCUACAAGGCUAACGAGGAUAUAGAAAGGAACUUCUCGCUGAGAAAUGACUUCCUGUGAGAUUACACUGAGCCGGGACUUAUUCACAGUAUUCAGCUAGCAGUGUUUGCCCUUGGUUAUGCCAUUUGGGAUCUGUGCCAAGCUCGAGACAGUCAGAACCCCAAUGCCUUCCAACCACGGGAGUUACUUGAUGUACUGAAAAAUGUGACGUUCACAGAUGGAGGGAGUUCAUUUCAUUUUGAUGCCCAUGGAGAUAUGAAUACUGGAUAUGAUGUUGUUGUGCUCUGGAAGAUCAACAGCCACAUGACUGUUGCCAAGAUGGCACAAUACGACCUGAAGAAUGAUGUCUUCAUUGUCACAGACCAAGGAACAAAAAAUGAGUUCAGGAAUCUUAAGGUAAUUUUGCUGUUGGCUGCUUUGUAG